AUGUCCAUUAUUGGUUUCCAAAAGAGCAUCCCAAGAAUUUUCCAAUUCCCAGUAGCACUAACAAGAGUUCUCUUCCCCUUUCAGAAACCAGAGCAGGAUGAGUGGAGCAAUGGUCUGGAGACAAUGCAGAGAGCUCUGCAGAUGGAGAAGAAUGUGAACCGGAAUCUGUUGGAUCUGCACAAGCUCUCCUCUGGGAACACUGACCCUCAUUUUUGUGACCUCCUGGAGACUCACUACUUGGAUGAGCAAGUGAAGAUGAUCAAGAAGCUUGGAGAUCACAUCACCAACCUGAGGAGACUGGGAGCCCCUGAGAAAGGCAUGGGAGAGUACAUGUUUGACAAGCUCACUCUGCAUUGA